AAAUGCACUUUAAAUGGUUAAAGAAAGUUGAGAAAUCACUAAAGAAAAUAUAAUAAAUAUAAAGUGAUUUAGUAAUCUACUAAAUAAAAAAGAAAAGUACAAAGUGCUCGCGUACGCUGUCUACAAUUAUAAUCUACAUUUGUAAUCGUAGAUAUCGGAUUCUGAGUCAACGCCUCGUUCCUCGUUUUUAGCGGAAGGUCACAUUUUCUUCAUUUAAUUUACGGGAUUUUUCUAUUUAAUAACUGCGCAAACAAUGGCUUCGGGGAAAUUUCGCGGCUCACGUGAAUAGAAAAAAAAACGACUUGCAUGCUCUGUGCAUUGGACUAUAGCAAGAGCCAUGCCCAGCACUUGCAUUACUCUACAAUGCCACCAAAGAGAAGUUACACACUUGCAACGAAACUUGAAAUCGUUGAGUGGUGGGGGCAGCGCAAUCGAAAUGAUCGCGCUGCUUCGAGGGAGUUGCACAUCGGUCGGCGUCGGAUUCGUGAGUGGGUACAAAGGGAAUUCGAGUCGAGAGCUCUCUGCCAUGGGCAAAACAAACAAUUGCGAUCUCUGCACCAAAGCAGGGAGCCUUUAUGUAAUGCUAUGGACCAAUAUGUUUUUGACUGGGUGAUCGCGGAAAGGGAAGAAGGGCAAGUAGUGAGCAAUAAAAUGCUUAAAGCAUGUGCUUUGAAAGCAGCUGCAGAGCACAAGAUUGAGGAUUUCUCAGCCUCGGAUGGCUGGCUUCGAAACUGAAAAAAAAAGAUUUCAUGUGGCCAUUCUGAGAGGUACCGCUGAGGUUCCAGCAGGUUAUGCUGAGAAAAUCGAUGUCUUCCUGCUGUUACUGCGCUUCGCAAUCAACAUGAUUAUACAGGCUGUAAUAUCGGGAAUAUGGACGGAACCAUACUGAGAUUUGAUAUGAAACCAAACGCAACCAACAGCGUCCGCAGGGAAGCAACUGUAAGGGCUGCCAGCACUGGGGAGACUAAGAGGGGCUUUACAGUUACACUUACUGCUUUGGCUUCGGGAUAUAAAAAGCCAGCCUUUGUUUGCUUCAAAGAACAAAAUGGCAUCGUUCCUCCCCCUGUGUUUGCACAGCUGCAAAUCCCAGCCUAAGUGAAAGUCACUGCCUCUAAACGAGUGGAUGACAAGCCCAGGAAUGGACGAAUCACAUUUGGGGUGAUGGCCAACUUCGGGUGCUUGUACUGGACAGAGCGCGGGUACACAUGACUCGGUGAAAGAUGAUAUGGAGGAUCGAGACAUGGAUGUGUGCUAUAUACCUCCUGGAUGGACACCACUUGUUCAGCCUGCAGAUGUUUCAUGGAAUGCACCUUUUAAAACGAAAUUGGAGGAAUUGUGGGUGCACUGGAGUCAGGGGGAUGAACGUACCGCUCAGGGCCAUCUGAAACAAGCCACCCGUCAAAAUGUCAUUGACUGGGGCUCACAAGCCUGGGCUUCGCCGAACCAGGAUGUUAUCCACAGGUCUUUUAAAGUGUGUGGUGUCAGUGUGGCUGUACACGGCUCUGAAGAUGGGCUCCUGCACAGCCAGCUUCCUGAAGUUCUUGGCGACAGGACCAGGACCGUUGUUGGAGGAGAGGCAGUUUCAUGUAUCACCGAUGAUGAAGGCUCAGGUGACGAAGACGUGGAGUCUGCCGGUUUCGGAUAAGAUACAGACUCGGAGUCUGAUUGAUUACGCUUUCCAUAGUUUUGAUUUUUUUCUUUCUUCUUUUUUUCUUUGCCAGAACUUGUAACUCAGGCUCAGUUUUUUUUGUAUUGAACAUUUGGAUGUUAUUAUUUUGUGUUAUGUUUUCACACUGGACACUGCAGCCAGUAUUCUUACUUACAGAGAUGUAAUCCUUUUUAACGUUUUUCCAUAUAAACCGUUUACUACGCCUCACACAUUUGCCUUAACAGCAACUUUACGCCACCCCUGGGCAUUGACUCGGCAGAAUCCGGAGUUUGAGAAGGUGCCCAUGUUUAUGAAGAAAGCUCCAGAGGUCAUUGACCCAGUGAAGAAUCCAGAGCUUGCCUGUCUGCAGUCCAUCAUUUUCAGCGAUGACACACCCCUAGAAGAGCAAGCCACGACCUACAAGAACGAGGGGAACGACUACUUCAAGGAGAAGAAGUACAAGCAGGCUAUCGCAUCCUACUCCGAAGGGCUGAAGAAGAAGUGUGGAGACACCGAGCUGAAUGCAGUCCUCCACACCAACCGAGCAGCCGCACAGUUUCACCUGGGUAACUUUCGUUCUGCAUUGAAUGAUGCAUUAGCAGCAAAGAAGCUAAAGCCAGACCACCAAAAAGCCAUAAUCCGAGGUGCUUUGUGCCUCGUCGAACUAAAAAAAUACAGCGAAGCAAUCUCCUGGUGCGACGAAGGGCUGAGAGCUGAUCCCAAAGAGAAGAAGCUUCUGGAGCUCAGACUGCAAGCUGACCAGCUAAGAAGGGCUUGGGAACGAGAUGCCAGGAAAUCGAAACUGAAAGAGAAAAAGAAGCAGUGUGAGGAAGCAGCCUUGCUGAAAGCAAUCAAAGAUCGAAAGAUCAAGCUGUUCGCCCCAGCUAAGGCCCAGAGACGCAGCUCCGAUGACGAGGAGGAUGAAGAGGGGGUGUCUGGAGCCCUGGCAGAGCUCUCUCUCGACGGGAUCAGCUCGGAGAACGCCACGGGAGCCAGAGUGUUUCUGGAUGAGAGCGGCAGUUUGAACUGGCCGGUGCUCUUUCUGUACCCCGAGUGCGGGCAAACAGACUUCAUCUCCGCCUUUCACGAAGGAACCAGAUUCCUGGAUCAUUUAACAGUGAUGUUUGGUGAAGAGCUUCCUCCAUGGGAUACAGAGAGGAAGUAUCGCCCACAGGACCUGCAGCUGUAUUUUGCAGAUGAGGAGAGAGAAGAGGUUUACCAGGUUAACCCAGAGCAUACACUGCUGGAAGUUCUGAAGCAUGACAGGUAUUUCAUCAAAGCUGGCACUGCCAACUUUAUAGUACUGGUGAAAGGUUCCUCUUUCUGCAAGGAAUUCCUGUCUGAUAAGAAAGUGCAUCGGCUGAAACGAACCACAUAAUAAAAGAAACCUGUUUACCUGAAGCGAGGAGCAGCUGAGGAGAAUGGGGUUUAUAAAGAAGAGAUCUCCAUUGUGUUAAAUUGCACUACAUUCAUCAGGCUGUGUCAAGUGAACACAGGACUCUGAACACAGUGGCUUUCUGAAAGUACAUGUGAAACCGUGCCCAACUGAUGAUUUUUUGGCACCCAGUAGGUGAAGCUAGAUUAUGCCCUUGAAUUUUAGACCCCAUCCUGUUAUCUGCAAGACUAAAUAUACUGUACCCUGCGCCUGAGUACCUGGAACUCAGUUAUGAAAUCAUUUCAAUCAAGCUUGACAUUGUGGCAUUCUUAAAGCUGCAUUGUUCCCCACAGUCAAGUUUAAUUUGAAAAGCUGCUGCUAUCAGCAGCAGAAUGAUGUAAACCAGGAGACGGGACACGGAUUGAGAAGUUUUCCCCAGCUUUCUCCCCCCAAAUUGUUUGGUUUUUGUUUGAUGAAUUUUACUAACCUUGUCUGUUUUAUUUAUUUUUAUUUAAUCUGUACAAUAAUCAAACUGAAUUCCAAAGUCUGCCUGCUCAAACAAAUAGUCUCUUGAAUAGACAACUUCAAGAAACUUUUAAAGUUUACUGUAAGUAACAGAAGCCCCACUGGUUGUCAUUUACAAGUACAGCACAGUAUUCAUUCACUAUUUGUAAAAUAAUCCCAUGCUUCAACUACUACUAUCUAAGCAAAAAAUUGUGUGUCACCCCAUUUGUAAUCAUGCAUUAUUGUUUUUAAUGGCAUUUGAUCUUUAUCUCAGUUUAAAUAAUGCACACCUUUUUUUGGCAAUUGGAUUCAAUGGGUGUAGAAAUACACACUUUCAAGCAGAUAAUUUAUAAAACGCCUCAUCAUUUAAAUGUUUUAGGUCUGUUGCAGCACUAUUUCGACACUGCUAUAAUGUACAUACAUUAUGCUUUCACAGUAUGUGUUUUAUCAUGCUGUUAAAUACACACUGAUCAGACCUUUGCUUUGGGUGGUGCUUUCAACAAGAAGGAACAUGUGCUCUACUUGCUGCCACCAUGAUCAUUGGCUCCUUUCUGUGGCUUUUUCAAAUACAGUCCUGUAGCUUCCUGAGUCAGCGUCAGAAAUAAACUAAACAAGCAAGAAACCAAGAGGUCUUGAGCACAAGCAAAUGCAUGUCUAGUGAUCAUGUUGAUAGUUAAUAAGAAAAUGCAUUUUAAAGUCCUGGUUAUCACCCCCCCUUACAAUGGACUUGAUUCUGAUAAGUUUCAGCUGAAUAAAAUCUUUCAAGAUUUAAGGUCUUAAAAACAAAAGGCAACAGAUUUGUGAAAACGGUUGUUUCCACAAUCCACAAAGUUACUUGCAAAACAUACACAGUUCCUAAAAAUGUGAGGCAUUUCAGUUCAGCCUAAAAUAAUAUGCCGUACCACCAGCAAAGCAUAUUAAAUCAUUUACAUCAGAGGGGUAGUGGUACAUAAAGGUGUUCCUAAACCUACAAAGAGCUAAGAGUGGUGUCCACAUGCUUUCUGUAGUUACAUACCAAUACCUCACUGGAAUAGCCACUGCAUGCUACUGUUCAUCUCCAUCGUCUCCACUCUGCAUGUCCCUGAGCUAGUAGGUGUAAUGGUGGAAGUGGUAAACAACGAUCUAAAAAGCUACACUAGUGAAGCGCGCACUCAUGAUGCUUUACACAGGUAAGAAAUGAAACUGCAUUUUAAUGACAUAUUUGUCAGUGCUGUCUUUGGUAUCUGAAACAGAACUUCUGUAAAGUAGCACAUUUACUCACGGGGCGACAUACACACCUGGUUCAUUUUUAAACUACACAGCAUACAAAGAAAAAGCUUUGGUGGACGAUUCAGAUUUCACUGGUGUGUCUCAGCUGUCACAAAUCUAUUAAAGACCAGCUGCUCUACACUGUGGACAUGUUGGCAGCCAGGUAGUAGACUGGUGCCGUUUCACAUGAUGCAGCAGAGGGAGGAGAGGCUGUGGUACAGGGUCAGCCGGCUGGCCAGCUUUUUGUAUUUGGGGUCCGUCUUGCUGAGCUUGGCAUAGGCCUCUUGGUUUGAGGACAGGCCGAUGUCACGACCCAGACCGCAGCCCUGCUCAAUCAGAUGCAUGUCAGCCAUGAUCUCUGAGGUCAUUGAAGGAAAGGUUA